AUGCCAAAGCGUAAAAGACAAAAUGCAGAGGCAAAUGCCGGCCAUGAAGACCUCAGUGGGAGUACAGCAGCCAGUGGACGUGAGGGCGCAAAGCAUUCGGAGUUGAAUAUCUACGACAUACCAUCCUCCGCCCAGAAGACCCCCAAACGGAAACGAGGAAGGCCUCCGGGAAGUACCAACAAACCUAAGCCUACACCUAACAGCAAUCUCACAACGCCUUCCAAAGGUAAAGUUUUAUUCUCGAAUAGAAACGGGUAUCGCGAUUCGCCUUCCGCUACGAAUGGAUCACGCAGCGCACUCAGCUCAAAGCGGAAGGAUAAAGCAGACACUCAUCUGAAUGCUACGAGCAGAGAAGACUUGGACGAUGGAGAUGAUGAAGAUCACCUCGUGCGAAAGAUUCGAGAAGAGCGUAGGGAUGUCAGUAGACUCUCGGAGGAUGCAAGCUCGGAUGACGAAGCAAGGAGUCCUAUGCUUGCAACGCCCUCCAAGAAGACACCUGGGAAGCGUCGAAAAGGAAAAUCUCCAACCCCGCCACAGGAUCUUCCACCUCAUGAGAACUAUUUCUGGCAGAAUCGGCCAGGCCGAGCGAAGACGUCAAAUAAUACCUUGUCGUCCGUCUCUUUACUUACGCAUGAAGAAUAUCAUGAACAUAUAUCGGCGUACGAAGACCCUCUUGCUGAAGCAUACGAGAAUUUGCACCAGAUACAUUCAAAUUCUUUUCCUCAAUGGGCCUUCGAGCUCUCUGAAGACUUCAACAUCUGUCUGUAUGGAUAUGGUAGCAAAAGGCGUCUCGUUACAGACUUUGCACAGUACAUGCACGAUCAUCUGCCGACUCCGCCGAAGAUUCUGAUAGUCAAUGGCUAUUCGCCAACGGCCAACUUACGCACAAUCCUAGCCACUCUGGCCACCUUAGUCUACGACUGCAAAUCCAACGAAAUACCUUCGAACCUCGGCUCUCGUCCUCAGGACAUGCUCAGCACACUCUUCGUAGAGCUCAACUCACACCCACCAGACGAGCCCAUAUGCAUCUUCAUCAACUCCUUAGAUGCGCCACCCUUACGUCGCUCACCUAUUCCAACGCUCUUAGCCCAACUCGCUUCGCACCCAUCAAUCCAUAUGCUAGCAACAUGUGAUCAGCCGAAUUUUCCCCUCCUCUGGGACGUCGGACUGCGUGAACAGUAUAAUUGGGUCUUCCACGACACCACAACUUUCAUAUCUUAUGGCGGGGUUGAGGUCCCAAAUGUUGUAGAUGAAGUGAACGAGCUUCUCGGCCGCAGCGGUCGAAGCGUGAAAGGCAAAGGCGGCGCAAGUUUUGUGCUGAAGUCUUUACCGGAGAGCGCAAGGAAUUUGUAUCGCAUCUUGAUCGCGGAGAUUCUUGCGGCCACUGAUGAAGACAACGCUGUUGACGAAGAUGCCGAUGAAGAUGGUCAGGCUAGGAUUAGUGCAGGUGAGCUGGGUGGUCUUGAGAGGAAAGCGCUAUAUCAGAAGGCUGUGGAGGAGUUUGUUUGUAGUAAUGAGAUGGGCUUUGGACAACUCCUUAAUGAGUUUUAUGACCAUGAUAUGCUUGUUGAUAGAAUAGCGAGUGACGGUACAAAAUUACUUGGGGUGCCUUGGAGAAGAGAAGAAUGUGAGGAGAUCCUCGAGGAACUCGUAGAUUGA